GUGAGAAGCUGCAGCCGCCGGCAGAGGAGACCUCAGCAUCUUCUAGAGCCCAGCGCUGGCCCUGCCUGCGUCUGCCGCGCCGCCGCCGCCGUUUCAGUUCCUGCUACUGUCUCACCUAAACAACUCCAGUUACACGGACAAGUGAACCUCUGUGGCCGUCUUCUCCUCUUCUUCCUCCUCCUCUUCCAACUCUUUCUCCUCCUCCCACUUCCCAGCCGCAGCAGGAAGCCCCUAACCCCACUGACCCUGGCACAACUGCAAACGGUGUCAUCUGCACAACUUUAUCUCGGUCCUCGGACUCCCCUAAGGCACUGGACCCGUCGCCUUGUCUUUUAUUUUUUGCAAAGUUGCAUCGCUCUACAUAUUUCCGCCCCCGGCGCUACUCUCUGCCUCUCGAGUGUCCCCCGCAGCCUCCUCCUGGAGCUGCGCCCUAGUGCCCCUGGUGGGCAGUGGCGUUCCCCCCCAGCCUCCCGCGCCGAGCCCCUGCCGCUCGGGGCAGACGAUGCUGAAGAUGCUCUCCUUUAAGCUGCUGCUCCUGGCCGUGGCUCUGGGCUUCUUUGAAGGAGAUGCUAAGUUUGGGGACAGAAUCGAAGGGAGCGGAGCGCGGAGGAGAAGGUGCCUGAACGGGAACCCCCCGAAGCGCCUGAAAAGGAGAGAUAGGCGGAUGAUGUCCCAGCUGGAGCUGCUGAGCGGGGGAGAGAUGCCCUGCGGUGGCUUCUACCCUCGGCUGUCCUGCUGCCUGCGGAGUGACAGCCCGGGGUGGGGGCGCCUGGAUAACAAGAUAUUUUCUGUUACCAACAACACAGAAUGUGGGAAGUUACUGGAGGAAAUCAAAUGUGCGCUUUGCUCUCCACAUUCUCAGAGCCUGUUCAACUCACCUGAAAGAGAAGCCUUGGAAAGAGAACUUGUACUUCCCCUGCUCUGCAAAGACUAUUGCAAAGAAUUCUUUUAUACUUGCCGAGGCCAUAUCCCAGGUUUCCUCCAAACUACUGCUGAUGAGUUUUGCUUUUACUAUGCAAGAAAAGAUGGUGGGUUAUGCUUUCCAGAUUUUCCAAGAAAACAAAUCAGAGGACCAGCAUCUAACUACUUGGACCAGAUGGAAGAAUAUGACAAAGUGGAAGAGAUCAGCAGAAAGCACAAACACAACUGCUUCUGUAUCCAGGAGGUGGUGAGUGGGCUGCGGCAGCCUGUUGGUGCCCUGCAUAGUGGGGAUGGCUCGCACCGACUCUUCAUUCUGGAGAAAGAAGGUUACGUGAAGAUACUUACCCCUGAAGGAGAAAUUUUCAAGGAGCCUUAUUUGGACAUUCACAAACUUGUUCAAAGUGGAAUAAAGGGAGGAGAUGAAAGAGGUCUGCUAAGCCUUGCAUUCCAUCCCAAUUACAAGAAAAAUGGAAAGCUGUAUGUGUCUUAUACCACCAACCAAGAACGAUGGGCUAUCGGGCCUCAUGACCACAUUCUUCUAGUUGUGGAAUACACAGUAUCCAGAAAAAAUCCUCAUCAAGUUGAUUUGAGAACAGCCAGAGUAUUUCUUGAAGUUGCCGAACUCCACAGAAAGCAUCUAGGCGGGCAACUGCUCUUUGGCCCUGAGGGCUUUUUGUACAUCAUUCUUGGUGACGGGAUGAUCACACUGGAUGAUAUGGAAGAAAUGGAUGGGUUAAGUGAUUUCACAGGGUCGGUGCUCCGGCUGGACGUGGACACAGAUAUGUGCAACGUGCCUUAUUCCAUACCCAGGAGUAACCCGCACUUCAACAGCACCAACCAGCCCCCAGAAGUGUUUGCGCACGGCCUGCACGAUCCAGGAAGAUGUGCUGUGGAUCGACAUCCCACUGAUAUAAACAUCAAUUUAACAAUACUUUGUUCAGACUCCGAUGGAAAGAACAGAUCAUCAGCCAGAAUUCUACAGAUAAUAAAGGGGAAAGAUUAUGAAAGUGAGCCAUCACUUUUAGAAUUCAAGCCAUUCAGCAAUGGUCCUUUGGUGGGUGGAUUUGUUUACCGAGGCUGCCAGUCUGAAAGACUGUAUGGAAGCUAUGUGUUUGGAGACCGUAAUGGGAAUUUCUUAACCCUCCAGCAAAGUCCAGUGAGCAAGCAAUGGCAAGAAAAACCACUCUGUCUCGGCAACAGUGGUUCCUGUAGAGGUUACUUUUCAGGUCACAUCUUGGGAUUUGGAGAAGAUGAAUUAGGUGAAGUUUACAUUCUAUCAAGUAGUAAAAGUAUGACCCAGUCUCACAAUGGAAAACUCUACAAAAUCGUAGAUCCCAAAAGACCCCUAAUGCCUGAGGAAUGCAGAGCCCCGGUACAGACCGCACAGAUGUUGACUUCAGAAUGCUCCCGGCUCUGUCGCAAUGGCUACUGUACCCCCACGGGCACGUGCUGCUGCACCCCAGGAUGGGAAGGGGACUUCUGCAGAAUUGCAAAAUGUGACCCAGCAUGUCGUCACGGAGGUGUCUGUGUUCGACCAAACAAGUGCCUCUGUAAAAAAGGAUAUCUUGGUCCUCAGUGUGAACAAGUGGACAGAAACAUCCGCAGAGUGACCAGGGCAGGUAUUCUUGAUCAGAUCAUUGACAUGACAUCUUAUUUGCUGGAUCUAACAAGUUACAUUGUAUAGUUUCUGGGACUGUUUGAAUAUUCCUUUCCAAUGGGCAUUUAUUUUUAAUCCUGUCAUUAAAAAGAAAGACUGUUAUCCUGCUACACACUUCCUGUGAUUUCAUUUUCUUUUAUUAAUUUAAAAAUAAUUUCCAGAAAUGUGCAGAUCCUGUGUGUGUAUGUUGGCACGUUUGUUCACAUAUGCACAUACACACACACACUCAAAACCCCUGUACGUGUGGUUGCAUAACAGAUGGGUUUUAAAUAUAUAUUUCCUUGCGUGGAGUGAUUUACACAGAAAUUCCAUUGUAAAUUGAUAACGGAAUUUUUAUGUCACCAGAAGAGAUUAUCUGACUUCCCAGGAAUUUUCUGUCUGUAAUAACUAAAGUCAACUUUAAUGGAGUUUUGAAACAUUACUGUGCAAUCUGAUGGAUCUAAUAAAAAAGGCAAUAUUUUUAUAUUAAAGGAUUAUAAUGUGAGAGAAUGUUUCAGAAUUCCCUGAUGAAUUUCUAAAUGGGCGACUUGAUAUAAAAUUAUAAUUUUCAAUUGUAUCAAUGUAUCCAAUUACAGAAUGUUACCCACUUACCUUUUUAUUGGCAGAGAAAUCUGGUUACUCUAGUUUAAUCUCAAGAUUGUUUUCAAGUGUUUUAUAAUUAAAUCAUAACGGCAUAUUCUGCAAUCAAUCUUCCUAAAAGGUCUGCUUUUAUUAUAUAUUGUAUCUAACAAUAGGCACUGGGUUUGUGUUACCUAUUUAUAUUUUUUAUUUUAUUUUUAUAAUAUAGACAUCACCUAGAUGAAACACCUUUGCCCUGUCCUGUAAAAUACUAAAGUUACAUUUUUCACCAACUUAAUUGGAAAGAAGGGGAGUGAGAAAGCAAACAGUCUUUAAUGUGCUGUGGAUCUAAUCUAGCAAUGUGCCCUUGUGCCAACAUGUAAUCAUUAAUGACAGAUGAAAAAGCAAGAAAACAGCCAAUCCUUAUAAAAUUCCAGUAUUAAACAUAUGUAAAGUGCUUUUCACCAUAGCAAGACUGUCAGAGUAUAUGUGAUUAGAACGUUGCAGAUUUCACACUGAACGAACCUCACUGGAGAAGAGCUCACUCAUUUCUAACAAAUCUGGGCGAUGUAAGCUGUCACUUGUACACAUUUUUAAAAUCCUAAUUCUUGCCAAAUAGGAGUCUUAAUGUAUAUGUUCCUUUUAAGAACUCAGUGAAAAUCCUCCUUGGUUAAUGUAUGAAUACAUUUCUGUAAAUGUUCUGUUCAGGUUUUUAAAGAAAUGCCAUGAUCUAAUUUAAAGCUGCAAAAAGACUGAUAGACAUUUUUCUUACUGGUUUUUGAGGCCGGCUCUCCACCUUGGACUGUAACAAAGUCAUAAGGCCUCUUUGCACUACUGAGAAAACAUCUAUCGUGACAUGCACACACCCGUUAUUGGUUGCCCUUGUGUAAACAUCUGUUCUUCCAGAAUCUAAAUUGUAGACAAGUAUAGAUUAUGAGCACAGGCUGACUUUCCAAGCCUGUUCCUUACCUUUGGGAAUAUGAACCUCAAUUAAAAAGAAUAAAAUCGCUUAACUAGUA